AUGGCUCAAACAUAUCUCAAUUCAUCUUUUCCGCUGACCACAAAUACACCCCAAACAAACCAAGAUUGGGUGAUCACCAUACUGGAUAUGGUCUUCAACUGUGGUCUUCUUCACUGUCUCAGUGUUUCCGGAGUUCUGGCCAACAUCAUUAACAUCUUAAUCCUGUCCAAGUACGGCCUGCGCGAGACCACCUCACUUCUGCUGUUUUCUCUGUCGGUGAGCGACCUGUUUUGUUCGUUGCUUCAGCCAAUCCGAAGACUUCAUUGCAUCGUGGCCCAGUUUGACUCCCAACUGGCCAACAACAUGAGGUCAUUUACUGUCGUGUAUUUCUUCCCAAUGCCAGACAUUUUUGUCUCCAUAAGUAUCUUACACACGACGGUCAUUGCUGUAGAGAGACUUGUGGCGGUGUGCGCCCCGUUGAGGGUGUCCAGGAUAUUCACGCCUCGGCGCGUUAAGUGGCUGCUGCUCUUUAUUUAUAUGUACGUGAUUGUACUCAUGGCGCCCACGCUGUUUCUGUUUGACUUCUUCUGGACACUUGACCCCAGCACGAACAGGACCACUGGAGUCUUCACACUCACUCAGUUCUAUAAGAGCAGCUACGACAGCAUGAAUCAGUACAUGAAUAUGGGACUGACCAACCUGUUGGUCACUUUUACCCUGGCAGUGACCAUCAUCUGCUCCAUCGUCAUUGGGUAUAAGAUAACAGUGGGUCGCAAGAGCACCUUGGUCCAGCUGUCGUCCAGUGUGUCCAAGGAGGUCAAAGACAUGAAAGUCAUCAAGAUGCUGCUGACCGUGUGUGUGGUCAACGCAUGCGUGUCCUUACCAACAGUGACAAUCAACCUGUUCCUUCUCUAUUCUAACACGCUCAUUCAAUCGACUGGCAAGUUGUACUAUCUACUGCGUAGCUUCAUCAUAGUCCUGUACCAGUUAAACGCUUCAAUCAACUUUAUCAUCUACAUUUCUAUGAGCUCAAAAUUUGCAUCGACUUUAAAUAAACUUUGUCAUUGUAAAAAUAAGACUUACAACAAAUAG